CAAGAUUGCUACACUUGAGCCUAUGAUCACAGGCUUGCAAGAAGCACUGCCGAAAUCAAUUGGACUUCUUCUUUUUGAUGGGGGUGUGACAGGAUGUAUGAGGCUCGUUAAAGAGCAACUCAGCUGGGGAACAAAACCAGAGCUCAAAGCAGAAGUUCUUCGCGGAAUAAAGGAGAUUGGGAGUGUAUUAUAUUGGAUGGGGCUCCUUGAUAUUGUUUUGAGAGAGUUGGAUACCUCACAUUUCAUGCAAACAGCAGGUUGGUUGGGCUUGCUUCCUGGUGCAGAUGGGCAAACAUUGUAUUCACAAAAUGGUGGAGACAGCCCUGUUGUCAACCUCUUCAAAUCUGCUACAGCUGCAAUUGUGUCGAACCCUAGGGCUGUCAAAUACGGGAAGUGUGUUAGAAUACGCACUUGCAUUUACAAGUGCAGCAUUAGAUAAAUAUUGC